AAGUUGGAACACUAGGUAGGAGCUACACAUGCACAGACAGUCAUUUUAGUCCGGUCUCGACCGUAGUAUCGUGAAUGUGUACUUUGACAGUAUUUCGAAACUCGAUCGUUGUUUUUUUCUUUUUGUUUGUAAAUUGAUUAAACAUCCACAGUUUUUGAGUUGUGUAUUGUUUCUACCGGUGAAAUGAUCAAUAAUCGUUGAUGUUUGCAAGCAGUACUGGUGAUUGUAGGACUAUUAGUGAGCCAGGUAGCUCAAAGUUAAUUGUGUGAGACACAACCGGGAAUUUUGAAGGGAAAGAAAAAGAAGGAGAAAAAGAAAUUGACAAAAAAAAAUCGAAGGAUAUUAAAGAAAGGGCGAAAAGGCGGCUAUCAAUAAGUGUCAUUUCCUCAAUUUCCAUAGGAGUUCGUUUUUAUUUUAAUUAAUUCAGGAUUACUUUUAUCCGGAAAUUCGGUAAUAAUUGAGUUUUGUGCGCGGAAUACGAUAAACAUCCAACUUGCCGUAUGAUUUGAUUAAAAAUGAAAUAGAAGUGUCACAGAAUUAUAUCGCAAGCCAUAGAAUACAUUGAAGUAACAUUGUAAAUUCAAAAGAUUCUACUCUCGAGACUUGGAGGUUUUGCGAAAAACAACAAAGUUUCAAAGAAUAAUAUUAUCUUGAAAGAAAUUUGAGAAAAAAAAAAACUCAUAACGAGAUUAGAGACAAGAAAAUAAUUUUUUUUUUUGAAAAAAAAAAGUGAAAAAAGGCAAUAUUAAGCCAUAAAAACGAAAAGUGCAGAGAGAUUCUUGAUUAGUUGGUGUUGCGUUGCUGGGGAAGAUAUAUAAGAAGUUGAAGGCACAUUGGUGAACGGGGACGACAUAAGGGUCCAGCAAUCACAGACAAAAUAUUUAACUACGUCUUCAGCCAUGCUAUUCGAGAAUCCGGCUGUGGCUGCUAAAUUACCUUUUCCGUAUAAUAUACCGCCACCGAUGCAGGCUGCCGCUGGGGUCCCACAAAUCAGUGCGGGCCUCGAAUCGAAGCCACUCAUCGAUCACGACCUGCAAAAUGCCUUGAUAGCCAUCAAUCCGAUGAAUGGGACGCCAGUGAAUGGGACUGCAAUCAAUGGAACCACAAAUUCACAUUCAAGCUCAUCGGGCAGAUCCACACCAAACACAGGAACAGAUCCCGCUCCUGGGAAGCUCUUCGUGGGCGGUCUGAGUUGGCAGACGAGUGCGGACAAACUGAAGGAGUACUUUGGGAUGUUCGGCACAGUCACAGAUGUUCUCAUCAUGAAGGAUCCAGUCACACAGCGGAGUCGUGGCUUUGGCUUCAUCACAUUCUCAGACCCAUCGAGCGUAGAAAAGGUACUGAAGGUACCAAUUCACACGCUGGACGGCAAGAAGAUUGAUCCGAAGCAUGCCACACCGAAGAAUCGCCCCAAGCAGGCCAACAAGACGAAGAAGAUCUUUGUGGGUGGCGUGAGUCAGGAUACAUCGGCGGAUGAAGUUAAGGGAUACUUCAGUCAAUUUGGCAAAGUGGAAGAGACAGUGAUGCUCAUGGACCAGCAGACAAAGCGCCAUCGUGGCUUUGGCUUUGUCACAUUUGAAAAUGAGGAUGUGGUGGAUCGUGUUUGUGAGAUUCACUUCCAUACCAUCAAGAAUAAGAAGGUUGAGUGCAAGAAGGCGCAGCCAAAGGAGGCAGUAACGCCGGCGGCACAGCUGCUGCAGAAAAGACUGAUGCUGGGUGGUCUUGGUGUCCGGAUGGCGGCUCCGGCACCCAUUGUCGGUCCCGCUGGUACAGUGGCGACCACCAAUCCACUCGCCAUGGUACAGGCUCAGGCUCAGGCGGCUCAGGCAGCCGCCGCAGCACUUCAAGUACAAAAUGCAGCAGCCGCCGGCUUCGGAAAAGUCUUCACAACAUAUCCACCGACUCUUCAUAGUUUUAGAUAUGCGCCGUAUCCUAUUCCCGCCGGAGCCGCUGCUGCAGCUGCCCAUGCAGUGUCUGCCCCACAGCCACAGCCCCAACCCGCCGCGGCCCCCACGCAGACCACGGCGGCGGCCGCCCUUGCAGCCGCCCCAGUGGCACCCGGAAAUCCCUAUCAGGGCUACAGUCUCACGAAUGUGGACAUGUCGAGCUUCCAGGGUGUCGACUGGGGCUCCAUGUAUGGCAUGGGAAUGUAUGUGUAGGGCGCACUUGGUCCCCAAAAGUGCUUUCAAUGUGUGCCACUGUGAGGCCCAUGUGAAAGAUGAUGGUCAGAGAGGAGUGAAGCUAAAUUGGAAUGGACAUGUGACACUGGGAGAUGAAUUUUGGGGAGGAUCUAUUAAUUUGAAAUCUGGAUAAGAUUGGGGCUUUUGACGAAAAAAAAAACAAAUAUUACACUUUACAGCAAGGACGACAAAUGAAAUUAAUUAAAAAAAAAACGAUGAAAAAAGCCUCAAAAAGAGAAUUGAAACACUGAGGACGAAAGAAAAUGCAUGAAGACCAACGGAGGAGGAAGAGGCAUCAAAUUGAGAGGAAGAAAAUUCCUCUGGACAUGUGAUCGAAUGAACAACAGAAGAUGGAUUAACUUUUUUCAGAAAGACAGAGGAUAAACUCAUGAAGUCAUAUUUUCAAAACGUUGAAAUUCAAAGAGAAAAAAAAACAAAAGAGGUAUUAGUAGAUAUUACUCACAACCCAAAAAAAAUAAAAGAAGAAAAAACAAAACAAUCCACGGAGGAGACAAUGUAGUUAGUGAACUAAAUUUUGAGACAGAAGGAUACUCAAAAUACUUAAUGGACAGCAAAGGAUUUAACAAAAAACAAAAGAAAAGAAUAUCUAAUUCUCUUUUAGACGCCAACCAACAAACCAAACCUGCUUUAUCUUAUUUUCUUCUUCUUUAUAUUUUCAAAUCCAGAAAGAGAGGGAUUUAUUAGAUAUCCAGAGAGUGAGAGAGCGUGAGAUGGAGAUUGGGAAGAGUUUGAAAAAAGAAACCCAAGAGAAAAAAGCCACAAGAACAACCCACCAAGCUAAAAAAAAAAACAAAAUAGUUACAAGGAAAAAUUUUUACAAGAGACACAAGCGAUGAGAGACGAGAAAAGCCAUUUCCGAUGAGUAUAAACCAAACAAAAACCUUUUAGAAAAAAUACAUAAACAAAAAAUAUCUAAAUUUUACUUUUAGUGAAAUAAUACAUUUAAAAAAAAUAGAUGGCAGAAGUAAAAAAAAAUAGAUUAGAAGAAUGUAAGAUUUGGUUUCAUCGUAAGUUUUUACAAAUUCUCUACCAUUUUUGAAUGUAUAACCAGAAAAUACUAUAUAUACGUAAUAUCUCUUUCGAUUUAUCUGAAAUUUUUUAAUUGCAGCAAAUCUUAGAUAUUUGUUUGUCUUUUUUUGGUAAUUAUUCCUUUAACAAAAAAUACAAAUCUGAAAUAUUAACAGUUUUUUAACAAUUUGUCGUAAUUUUAUUUAUACUAAUAACCUGAUUCAUUAGAUGCUCUUGUAAAUUUUUUUUUAGAAAAAAACAACCAUUUAAAAGCAGAAUUUUCGUAAAUAGAAAAAUCAAUGAGAAUAAAAUAGAGAAAAAGACCUCUUUAACCUAUUUUAUUAACAUACUUUUUGGUUUUAUAUGUUAGUUAUUUUGAAGUAAAUAAAUUCACUAAAACUCCCUUAACAGAAAUUAAUGAAAAAUUUAUUCACCGAAAUAGUAUUUUUUUUUAAUUUUUUUUUCAGCAAAUAACCAUAUAAAAUAGUUCAGUAUACAAAAGUGAUAAAGAAUUUUCCCAAUUCUUUUGUAUAGAUAUUUUCUUUUUAGAUUCCUUUAACGAAAUUUAAAGAAAAAGAAAACCUAUUUACAAAAUAAUAAAAUAGAUUUUUCCAUUAGAAUUCUUUUAUCUACUUCAUCCUUUCUUAUUCUUUCUCUUUCUUAUUCUUUAGUUUUAGUCUGUAUUUUGCAAAAGUAUUUGAAAACAAAAUAAUAUUUCCACUUUUCCAAUAAAAUUUCAAUUUUUCUCUUUAGAAAUUUAACUUUUAAUAAAUAAAAAAAAACUUUUCCAAUAUUAAUAUUUCAAGAUAGUACGAAAACAUUGGUAACAUAUUUCUUCACCUAUAAAAUACACCAUUUAGAAUAUCCUUUUCUUGUUUCCUUGAUUUUUUUUUUGUUGUUUUUUGGAGAACGAGUAGGACUUAGCCAAAAGAAAACCUAAACAUCAUCAUACAGUAUUAUUAAAUAAAAUAUUGAAAAAAAGUAAUAUAUUUAAUUGUAAUAACUGUGGUGCCUAAAACAAACAAAAAAAAUAUUUCUCAAUGAAGAAAGUAAUAAGAAGUUGAUGCAAAUUUAAUCCAAAACUAUCAUGAUCACAUGGUCUUUAGAUGAUUUGAAUGUUUUUUGCAAAAAAGAAUUUGUAGAAAAAGAUCUUUAACGUCAGUUUCUUGCCUCCCUCUUCUUGUCAUAUUGCAGACUUUUUUAAUCGAAUGUAUUUUGCAGUUAUAUUUCUAGCAAAAUUAGCUUGAAUAAAAAUUGAUAAAUGAUUUUUUUUGAGCAUGCAACACAAUCCGAUUUCAGAAAGAAUAAAAGUAAAAGCGAAUGAAAAUUCUCAAAUUGCUCGAACUUAAAAGAGAUUUUUCGUGUUUACUGAGAAAACGUCAAAAAUCUUUCCAGAAACUAUUAAAAAAAUAAGGCUUAAAAUACGCUUUUAUGUCGAUUCAAAACUGUUCUUUUAUGAACUUCUAGACCUUUCAAAUAAAAUUAAUCUUAUCCGAAUCGGUUGAUAAAUACGUCGUUUAGAGCAUCUGUCUCCUAUACGACCUUGAAAAAUAUGAAAAGGUGUUUCAUAGCAAGUUUCAGGCUAAGACUUUUUUUCAAUUUCCAUUUUUUCAGGCAAUAUAAAAUUUAAUUUGAGUGAAUAAACAAAAUCUUCAUGAAUUUUUAUUGCAAAAGGUUUUGAGAAUUUAAAUUGAGAACAGUUGACAGCGCCACUCAGGGGGAUGAUAUUAGCUCUAAAAAAAAAUGCGACCAGUUUUAGUGUAAAUUUUUUCCCGUUUUCGUACAAAUUUCAUGAGAUAUCUCCGAAACUAUGUAGGUUGCCAAUUUGGGGUUUUCGGUUGCCUAUUCUAUAUUAAAUUGGCUUUUAUUUUGUAUUUGUAUUAUGCCCAGCGCACAAUGACUUUUGUUUAUAAACAUGUUUUCAAAAUUUCCUAUGAGAGUAAGCAUGGUCACUAGAUUUAGAUCUCAGUCACUCUUACGGAAUUGUCAAAAACAUGUUUACUAAACAAAAGUUAUUGUGCGUUGAGCAUUAUUUGCUAAUUCAUUCUACAAUGACAGAAAAGAGCUAAUAAACUCCAAAGUCUUUUCGGCACGCAAGAAACAUAUGGGAAACAUGGGAAACAUCAUGCCCCUAGCGCCACUCGUGGGAGAAACUAGUGCACUCUUGCGGAAAAAAGCUAUCAGUUCCCAUCCGCGGAGAAAAUUUCCUUCGGUUCAUAUUUUUUUCCAAAGAGCUCUUUAAGUUGAAAAAAAGGAAAAAUGAAAAUAAACCGAUGGAAUCUGUGACGUAUUUCUGUUAAAAAUUGUUUAAAUUUACGGUAACGAAAAACUUAACCGUUAUUAUUAUUAUUAAUCGUAAAGAGAUAUUUGUUACAACGUAAUCAUAUUGCAAAGAUAAUAAUAAUGCUGGCACAACAUUCCAUGAAGGAACAAGGCCUUUCCGCAAGGGGAUUUCUAGACAUGCAUUAUUAUUUUUUCUUGUACGAGAUGAGGUUGCCAGUCCCAUGCCCGUGGAAUCAAGUGCAGUGAAGCUCACUGGGUGCAAUCUGAACACCUUUAACGUCAGAAAAAUUCCUAGUGACCUAAAGGGGAUUCGAACCCGGGACACUUGCAUCAUACAGCGAGUGCUCUACCACUUGACCCAUUGAGUAAUUUACAAAGGCAAAGUCGUAUAUCCUAGUAUAUCCUGUGUUGGCAGAAUUGGCUAUGUCCAUUGUAGACCCCCUAGGAGUCCCUUCCCCGCAAUGUGGAUGUGCUUCUUCGGCUUCUUCAGUGCCUACGCCCGUUUUGGACAGAGCCGACACAUUUUAUUACGUUUUAUCGUUUUUAUCACAUGCUAAAAUGUCGAACUCAUAAUUUUGAGCAUCGCGUCAGAGAUCUUAUCCAUCCAAGACCCAACGGUCUUGCCUAUUGCUCCACUGAGAUUCCUACUUAAUCAUUGAAAGGGCUUUAAUGCUAAUCGUCUGUGUUUUAAUAUCUCCACCGGCAAUUAGGUAAUAAUCUUGAUUCAGAAUGAGUUCUUCAAAGUGUAAAUAAGCUCAAACUAUUACUUAUUCAGUCUAUUCCUGUCUAGGAAGAGAAAAAAGUCAUAUAAGAGCUUUCUGAGUUAUUCAGACACAAUUUGGGUUAGCUUUGGAUUCAGUCAUUCUUUUAUUACUUUGUUGAGUUGGGGGAAAGCCUCGUAUCAGACUUAUCAGACCAUGAGACAGGGUUACAAAAAAGAAUAGGAUGCUGAAGAGGCUUACAACAACGGUAGGACGGUAAAAUCCCGAUCUUUUAAGUGCAAAUGACAGAGCUUUGGAUAUUGCUCGAUUUUGGAUUAUCAUCGUGUCGGGAUAUUGAUUAUAAUGUAAUCAUGUUUCUCUAUUAUUAUACUCAUUGCUAUUGUAUCCCGUAUUGGAAGAAAUCCGUAGCGUUGAUCCUUUUUUCGUGCUUCCGGAGUUUUUUUGGGCAGACGCAGUGCAUUUUUUACGUUUUAUUCCAUGUGAACAUACCUUUUGUAAAAAUAUUCAGUUGCUUGCGCCAGGCGGGACUUGAACUCACAACUGUGAGAGUUGAUUCAGAUAUCUUAUCCGCUCAAGACGAAACUGUCUUACCUAUUGUGACGCUGAGAUCUCCUCAAUUUUGGGUGAAAACGGUAUACCGGUUUCGACAUGACGAAGAAGAUUGAUUGCUUUGAACAUUGAUAUCGACGGUAAGAUGGCGAUGGCCGUAUUAGAAUAAUUUUAAAAAUAAUCCGAAGUGUAAAUUUCUUGUGGGAAAGGAGAGAUUGGGGAACUCAAGCUGUUUCUGCGAAGAAAAUCAACAUAAGAGACUUCUAAGAUCGGAUUUUGGCACAAUUCUAUCUGAAUUUGAACAAUUCUAACCGAUUUUAGGACAAUUCAAUCUCAGUACAAUGCGACGAAUGCGCGCGCAGUAAAUGACAUCAGUAUCAAUAUCUCUAACCGUUCGACGUCAGGGGUUGGGGUGGGGGGUACACAGAUCUGUCACUCAUGGUUCACUUUGGGUGUCGAUUAGCGCGAUCCUAGGGACUCACCGUGAUGUCACAUAUAUAAGAUUAAUAUUAAGAAAAGUCGGAGAGAGAAGUAUAUAGUAUUCAAAAUUUCAAAUGGAAUAUCACGUGUGUUAGAAAGAGUACACUCUAGUGGAGUAAUACGAUGUGUAAGAUAUUACUGUUCGUAUUAAUUGCUUUCUGAAUCGUAUUACAGGCAAUUCGAGCAAUUUUCCAUGCGUUCCAACUGUGAUUCGGUCAGUUUUCGAGAAAAACGCGAAAGAAAGGCAAGAUAAAACACUUGCUAUCCUUUGUUGGCAUUCUCGCAGUUCAGAAAGUAUUAAUCUUAAUAUUAAUCUUAUAUGUGACAUAGUCAUCAUUGUGCGUCCCUGGUGACUGAUUGCGCGGUACUGGAGACUAAAAUCGCGCGAUCAACACGAUAUGCCACUCUCCGUUCAUUCGCUGGCCAUAUUUAUUCACCCCUGUUCAGCGUUUUCGUUUAUAACUGUUCUCAACUGUUCUUAAAAGUUCAGAAUAGCACAUUAACAUGGAAAUUGUCUUUUUAAGAUCGAGCAAUAACAAAAAUAAAAACAAGAUUAUCUUAUAUAUUUCAAAUUUUUCGAUCUGACGAGUUUUCUCCCCUUAAAAUCCAACCAAAAAGAUAAAUAAAAAAAAGGAAGAAUAUUCUAAAAUUAGCAAACGUUUGACUUUUUGAACAAGAAGUAUGAAAAAGAAUUCUACCGGUUUCACAUAGACUAAAAGCAAAAUACUCCUCACAAGGAAACUCUGUGAAAAAGACAAGAGUUGAACCUUCUUUUUAUUUUGGAAAUUUCCCUUUUUGUUGAGAUUUUUCUUUUAGAAGAGAAAUACAAGUAUUUUUAAAUGUUUUAUUUUAGAGAAAUCCAUUCAAAAUCAAUGAAUUGGCAUUUUUGAAAAAGAACGAAAGAAGAUCCGACACAACUUGAUGGUAAAGCACUUUACAUUUGGGGAGAUCGAAUGAAGCGAAUAUGAGAAAAGUGAAGAAAAAUUAGUGGAAAAUUUAGACAAUUCUCCUGAAAAGAAAUAAUGGAUAUCUCAAUGGGGAAUUGUUUGAAAUAAAAGAUGCUCUUUCAAAUUUCAAAAAAAAAAGAAAAGAAACAAUAUUCUCAGUGAAGAAGAGAAAAGAUUAUAAACUUAAUAGUUUUUAAGCAAUAUAACUCGCAAUAAGCAGUAUUAUAUAUUUUUCGAUAAAGAUGAUAAGAAGCAUGUGUGUGUUACAUGAAAAUUCUUUUCUUGUUUCACGCCGUCUCCUUGUACGUUUAAUUCAUUGAUUUAUGCUAAUUACAUUUUUAAAAAAUUCAUGCUAAAACUAAAAAAUCAUACUUAAUCAUGUAGCUGAGAGAUAGAGAAGAUAUAAAAUGAUGAUGAUGAUAUUUUCUAGAUUUCUCUUUUACACUAUUUUUUUCUCUUUUGAAUUUUUUUUGGGUUCUAUUUUUUCUAGAUUUUCAAUACUAAUUCCUCAUUUAACCGUUCUUUCUCCAUCCUAUAUCUUUUGAUAUCUUCGUAAUUAGCAAUGCAAAAUACAUUUUUAAAAAAUGAAUUAUGAUAAGAAAUCAAUCUCAAUAAAAAUCUUCUGUAUCAAACAGGAGGGGGAGCAUGGUUGAUUUCUUAUUUCAUAAAAAAUUCUAUGAUAUUAAUAGAAGAAAAAAGUGAAAAUUUUUUGCAAUUUUAAAAAGCAUAUUUAGAUGAAAAACAAAACGUGAAAGCAAGUGAGACAAGAAAAAUUUAAGCAAGAUUCAACAAAUAAGAUUUUUUGAAAAUUAUUAGAUAACAUAUUUGAAAAUUUUUGAACUAUUUGAACAAACAAGAAUUGAUAAGCAAGAAAUUCAAAUAAUUAUUAAAACAAAAAUUACUCACAAAAAGAACAAGAUUUUAAAGAAUAUGAAAAAAACGCUUGUGAAAAACCUCAUUGUAAUAUUAAAUGAAAAAAAAAACUUAGUGAUUAGCUUUUCUGAUUGUUAGUAAUUAUUUUUAUUUUUAUUUUAUUUGUUUACAUGAAAACAAAUUCCCCGCACUUGCCUCAUUAAUUUAUUGUAUUUUUUCUUCUAAAUGUGGUAACUCUAAUUAUUUAUCCAAUUAAUAUUUAAAAAACAAAAACGUAAUUAUCUGUCUCUUCCCUAUAAUUUAAUUUCUUGCACUAAAAUAGAUAUGAGUGAUAAAGGCAAUUCAAGGAGCGCCAAUGCUCUAUUUCUUGAAUAUUAUUCAACAUAAAAAUUAUCACUUGAGACUUUUCUUUUAGGAAAAAAAAACUCAACAAUUUAACAAAUCCCUUUUCAUUUACAUAUUCCCGUAAAAUAAACCUCUUAAUUAGUUUCCAAAAUGAGAAAGAAGUUUUAAAAGAAACGUAGUUGACAGCAAUUAAUUAUGUUUAGGUGCCUUAAUGUUAGACUUGUAUUCUAAUCUAAAUAAUUGUAAUAAGUAAUGAUCACAAGAUUCUCCUUAGAAUUUAGUUUGAGUAUUUAUUUGAAAAACAAAAAAUCUAAAAAUAUAACUCUUGUUUUUUUUAUUAUCAAAAAACAAAAAUUGAAAAAUAAUAACGAUUUUGAUUGAAAUCCAAUCAAAAAUUUUACCUUUUCAUCCUUUGUUUUAGAAUUUGUAAUAUUUUUUUUUUGUUGUAAAACAAAUAGUAAACGUUUUUUUUUUGUUAAUCAGUUGUAUCCUUUUUGGCGCCAUUAUUUCUUAGUAUGAUUGAAUAUGUCUCUAUAUAGUGAACGAUACAUAUAACCAUAUAUAAAAUCGAAUAUUAGAGAUAUGAGUUUGUGUUUUGUUCAAUAUAAAUAUUGUCAUUGCUAUUUUUAGUAUAUAUAUUUUCUUUUUUUUUAUUAAAGAUAUUAGUAAUUUUGAAAAAGAUACUGUCGUAACGAGUUUUUUGGAAAAUAUUCUUUUUUAUUUUUUUGAUUUUAAAACAGUAUUUUUUUUUUGUUAGAAUAAUAUAGUAAUACAGCGACUGUAUAAAAUUUUUUAUGGAGGAAAUAUCUAUCUAGAUUUUUUUAAUAAAAUAUUGCGAAAAUUAGUAGUAGAUUAUUUUUUUUUUGUUCUUUUAUGUAUAUAUAAAAUAUAAAAGCAGUUCAGUGGAAUGAUAUUUUUUAUAUAGUAUUUAUUUUUAUUUAUUUUAAAAACUAACGUAGUUUUUUGUUGGAUCGAGAUUCAAAAGUAAUAUAUUUAUAUAUUUGUCAUAAUUUUGGUUUUAUUUAAAUUUUGAGAUAAUAAAAGCUAAAUACUAAAAUAAAAUCGAAUAUAUAGAGAAACUGAAGAAAAAAAAGUGAGAAAAACAUAUCGAAAAUCUUUUGAUGAAAAUCACAAAUUAAUAAUUCUUCAAAUGAGAACGUCUGUGAAUAGCAUCAUAUCAUUUUGAAGAUUAUAAAAAAAAAAAGAUUUUUAAAAACAAUUAUUUCUCUUUUUUAAAACGAAAUGCUCACUCUUUUUUUAUUAAUAAUUCAAUAAAUUCAACUAGAUAGUCUUACUUCAAGAAAGAAAGUGAUUGUAAUUUUUGAUCUUUUCAAACAUUAAAAAAAAUAAAAGAAAUUACUAAUAAUGCUCCUAAAGAUAUUUUCUUCGUUUUUUACAAAAAAGAAAAUUAAACUUGACAAUAAGUAAGCAAUAAUUGAGAUAUAAAAGAAACAUAAAAUUAUGACGUUUUUUAUAUAAAACUAACUAAAAUGAAAAAUUGAUACAAAUGUGAGUCUGUUGAAAAUUUAGUGAGAUAAAAAAAAACAUUAAAUCUUAUAGAAGAACGUGAAAAUUAAAAAUUUUGAAAUGUUUUUUGAUACUAUUCUUAUUCCUCUUGAAAACAAAAGAAUAAAAAAAUAUUAGAUUUAGUAAUAAUGUGUAAAAUCUCUAAAAAAGAAAAAUUACAAUUUUGUAUUGAAAAUAUUUUGAGUCUAAAAUUGCUAUAAACUUUAAAAGGAUUUAACCAUUGAGAAAAAUUAAGGAAAAACUAACGGUACAUAUUUAUUGAAUAAAAGUACAAACUUAUAUCUCUAUCGCGGUGGAUAAGAAAUACAAAAAAAAAAAAAUUAAGACCUUCUAUAGAGACCAAAAAUUCGCGAAAAAAACUAUGAAUCUUUCAAUUUCUUUUCGAUAUAAUCGUUUAUCUUUUGAUUUACGUCGCGAAACCUGAUGAAAAAAAGCUAAAAGAAAAAAUAAAUACAGUGGACCAAAAGAUACCUAAUAUUUUUAUCACAGAAUCUUAAUGCUUCCAACAACUUUUCUUCAGUGUAAGAAAGAAAAAAACCUUUGUAAGUUUUACUUGUAAUAUUUUUGUUUUUUAUCUGAAAUUUUUAAAUUUGUUUUAUUUUAAAAUUUUCUUUUUUAAAAGAUAAUAUACUGGACAUUUCUGUAGAACAUUAUUAAUGAUGAAAUAAUGAAAAGUCGUUGAAUAUUAUUUGUGUGUAGAGCUUUGGCACUUCUCAAAUUAUCUGCUUAAAACUAUUUUUUAUGUUUUUCUAUAUCUAUUUUUUCUUCUUCUUUUUAAUAAAAUCCUUCUUUCCCAAUUUACAUAUCCUGUCUAUUUCAUACGGAGUAAUGUCUCUUCACUCAUGAUUAAACUGCAAUGCAAAAGUAUUUGUAAAAAUCUUUUAAUGUUUUUUUUAAUGAGAUUACUCAUCGAAAAGUCUCUGAAAAAAUCAUUUCUAGUAUUCGAAUACUAUCAUUGCAAUUUAAUAAUUUAAUUAAAUUUCUCCCUCAAAUAACAUCUUUUACGAAUAAUUUUCAUGUGACAUUUGUUUUUUAAAUUAGUUUUAUAGUAAAACAAAGUAUUAGUGAUGCUUAUUGUGAAAAGCAAAAAGAUAUAUUUUAGUUCUUCUUAGGUUCAUGGAAGACUUAUUAGUGUAAAAAGAAUGUUGUGUAAAAGGAAGAAGAAUAUUAGUAGAAAGAAAAAGUGGAACAAAGAAGCAAAGAAAAAAAAGUAAAAAUUUUUACAAUAAAGAGAAAAAAGGAGUUUAAAAAAUAAACAACCACAGAUUCCUACUAGAAGUAGAAUGGAUAUUUUUCAAAACAAAAAAAAAGAAUAAACAUUUGUUUCCUUGUUUGCCUUUUUUUGCAAGUGAAAAAAAUAAACAAUAAAUUACAUGAGAGUUGUAAUUUUUUUGCAAAUGAUCUGUAAAAAAUUGCACUUUUCUAAAUUGCCAUUUAUGUUGAUGUAAUUUUUACAAAAUGAAAAAUUAGAUAGCUUUUAAAAAAAAAUACCAAGAAAUUUGAAGUUGAAUAUACUUAGCACACUUAGGAUGCUUGACAGUAUAUUAAUAUAGUGUCAUUUUCUUUUCUUAUUUACUAUCUCGAAUAACUUGCAGAAUAUUAAAAAAUAAAUAAAUUACUUUCAUUUCUUAAAUUUAAUAAGAUGUAUAAAAAAAAAGUAUUGAGAAAAGUAAUAAAAAUCUUGCCGUAUUUUUUUGAUUAUUCUCGGUAAAUAAUCAUAAAUUUGACUGAGGUAUAAUACAGUAAUUUUUUUUUCGUAUAAGAUUUUUUUCUUGUGUUAAGGGAGAGACUUAUUUAAAAAAAAAAAAUUGAGGGAAAGUAUAUUAACUUUUAAGUACUCUUUGAAGAUUAAAUUUGUCCCACUUAGAGACUUUUUAGUUAAUAAGUAUAUAUCUAACGAAUAGGAUAUUUUAGUUUUUUUUUUAAUCUAAGUAUUUUACUUUACUGAAAGUGGCUAUUUAGUUGCUAUCGUCUCAUAUAAGUAUUACUAGAAUCUAAGUUCUUAUUUUUUUUAGUUUUUAGACUUUUAAUGGUUAUUUUUUUAAUUUUUGGUCCCAACGAUGAUCUUAGAAAUUAGUUUUCUUAUUUUUUGUCUUAGUCCUUAAUAUUUUUUUUUGUGAAAGCUGUAGUACUUAAUUUUUAUUUUUCAAUCUUAUUAUUUUCUCAAUUCCAUUAGUUUAAGCACAUAUGCCUAUUACACACUUAAUUUUUAUUUUAAUUACUUUAAAAAAAACUGGAAAAAAAUCUUAAUAAAAUGAUAUCACACAGUAAAAAACAAAAAACAUGAUAUUGAAUUUUAUGUAAAUAUUUAUAAAUAUUAUCGUAUAUUUCUUUCGGUAUUUAGUAUAUAUAGUUUUGGAAUAUUUUUUCGCUAUUGGUGUUUUUAUUUUGUAUUUUUUUAGAUAGUUUUUUUUUUGAAAGAGAUAGAACAAAAGAACGUACUGUGUAAGAUUAAUGGGUAAAGAGCACUUUUAGAUAAAAUUAAUAAACUAAUCAAUUAAGAUACAUAUUAAUUUGCAUGCAAAAUUUUUAGAGAAAUUUACUCUUUAUUUUUUUCUUUAUUUCCACUCUAUGAUUUAUUUUCCUCUUAAAUAUUUUAAUUGUUUUCUUAUUCUUAAAACCUUCAAAAAAUUUUAUUUUGUUUCUUUUCGUCCUCGUGAGAUAAAUUAACAACCCAUUCCCACGCCCUCUAAAAACGAAAAACAAGAAAAUAAUAUACGGAAAGUUAAAGAGCUAAAGGAAAAAGUGUUCAAUUGAAAUAGUAAAAAACAAAAUAUUUCUUUAAAAGAAUUUUUCUAGCCUGAGUAAAUUGUUGUAUUGCUGUUGUGUGAUAAUAUAACAUAAUAAAAAAAUAAAUAAUAGUCAAAAGAACAAAAAAAAAACACUGAAAAUAUACGGAAAAAAUCGUAAUAAAUUUUGUGAAGAAAUUAUAUGAAAUGUGACGAAAUAAUUAUUGCUUUUGUGUGUAGAUAGAUUAUAAAAAAAGAAGGAGAUUAAAACGUAAAAAAUUGUUAUGUGAAUGACAAAAAUUUAUCACGGUAAACAAAGAUAUUACACACAUUUUUCUGCAUGUCUUUUUUAGAGAAAGCAAAUUCCUAAACUAAUCCUUAUCCCUGGAAAUGUAAUAAUCUAAAUAAUGCAAAAAAUAUCACACAUUUAAUAACAAA